CCUUAUUUAGUGUAGGCGUUGGAUCUUUCUUUGAAGAGCUUAGAAUUUAGAGUAAAACUAAUGGACAAGGAAAAUACUGUUGUCGUUCAAUGGCUGGAAGAAACCCGAAAAGAUUCGCACGUUUCAGAAGUGGGAAGAGAUAAAAGGCUUGCAAGCAUUUUCAUGGUGCCAAUAACGCUGAAAGAAAAUGACGUCAUCUUCACUCCUCAGGCGAUAUCAAUAGGGCCCUAUCAUUUCCUCAAACCACACCUUGCUGAAAUGGAAUCCGAGAAAUCUCAAAUCAUUGAACGGAAGGUUAUGAGGAAGCUUCCCCAAGAUUUCUUUGCUCCACUUCAAAAAGUUGAAGAUGGAGAUCAGAGCCUUUCAGAUUUGCAGGACGACUGCAACUUUUCUAGAAUCGUGGUCCCUUGCUGCAGGGACUUCUACGGGGACGCUCAGUUUCUUCAAAAUCUGGACCAGGAGGCUUUUUCCAGGAUGCUGUUUAGGGAUGCUUCCUUCCUCCUCCUUUUCCUUGAACACCAUGUAGUCAAUCCUCAACAUAAGAAAAAAAUGCUGCAGCCUCAACAACCAUCAGCUUCAAAUAACAGCGACCCAUUCCAUGAUCUCAAGUCAGGUACAGGUCUGUGGUUAGGAGUCAUGAAAGAUAUUUUCAAAUUGGAAAAUCAAAUCCCGCUAUCCACGUUAGAGUCACUUUAUGCUUUUAUUGGUAAUCCAAAUCAAUCUUGUAAGGCCUUUCUUGCAAAAGUAUGCUCUGAGUACUCCCCAUUGUGGAUUCAACCGAGUGGAGACGCAGAUUUAGUUAGCAAUCGUCAUCUCCUCAAUUGCAUCCAUGCAACAGUUUAUAGGAAGCCUCCUGUGGGCGCUGGGCAAAACCCUCCUAGUGGCCAAAACCCUAUUAAUGGCUGGUCUCCUUUUACAUGGCUUAAAAACAAUUGUGUCUGGGAUAGAGGUAGUAAUAGUGAUAUUAAUAGUAAGGAAGGCUACACGCAGCUACAAGGGAAAGAGGUUCGCCUUCCCAAUUAUAGAAAGACUGCGGUUCCCUGUGUUUCAGAAUUAAGGAAAGCCGGAGUAAAAUUCAAGUGUUGCGAGGGAGGCAUUGAGCAGAUACGGUUUGACAAGUCCCAGUCUACUUUAUAUCUUCCUGUGUUGAGGAUUGGUCAAAUGACAGAGACGAUCAUUAGAAACUUGAUAGCCUUCGAGUUGUGCACACCAAAGAUUGAAGAAAACGCCGUUAUUGGUUUUACUCGUCUAUUGAAGGAGCUGACGCAAGACGCCAAAGACGCUGAGGUGUUGAGAACGAACGAAAUCUUUGUGAGCUUGGGCGUGAGCGAUGAUGAGAUUGUGGAGAUUGUGAGAAACUUGAGCAGAUUAACAUGGAAACCAUGCUUUAAACCUGUUAAAGAUGUGAGGAAAAGCCUCAAGACUUACUACAAAGGAAGCAAAUCGAAAGUCCUGUGGAGUGAAUUUCUGGAGACGUAUUGCUCAAAACCAUGGGUUUUUAUCUCCGCUCUCGCAGCCACAGUGUUGCUUGGUAUGACUGCUGUGCAAGUUUUUUGUUUGUUCAAUAAGAACUCGUAG